AUGGUGGGCGGCGGCGAUGUUGGCAAGCAGGCCGCGGCGGCGGCGGCGGCGGCGGCGGCGCUGGACCAGGACCUGCCCAGCUUCAAUAUGUUCUUUGACCAGACGGUGGCGGCGGCGGCGGCGGCGGGGGAUUGGGGACUGGCGGCGGCGGGGGAGGAGGAUUUGGAGGAGCUGGAGUGGCUUUCGAACAUGGACGCGUUCCCGUCGGUGGAGACCAUGGCGGUGGAGGCGGUGGAGGAGGUGCCGGAGCUGGUGCCGGCCGCGCCGUCCGGGCGGCCGGCGGUGGGGCCGAGGACGAAGGGGCGUCGGCGUCGGGUGACGGCCCCGUGGAACCUGGCGGAGCCGCCCACGCUGCCGCCGCCGCUCCCGGCGGCUCGGCGGUGCACGCACUGCGCGUCGGAGGUGACCCCGCAGUGGCGGCAGGGUCCGCUGGGGCCCCGCACGCUGUGCAACGCGUGCGGCGUGCGGUACAAGACGGGGCGGCUGCUCCCGGAGUACCGGCCGGCCAACAGCCCCACCUUCUCCCCGCUGCUGCACUCCAACUCCCACCGCCGCGUCAUGCAGAUGCGGCUCCGGAGCGAGAGCGAGGGCGAGGGCGAGGGCGAGGGCGCCUCCCCCGCCGUCCGCGCCGCCGCAAAGGCCCGCCGCGCCGAGCGCGCGGCGGCCCGCCUCGCCGCCAAGGCCGGCGACGGCGCCCCGGCCCCUGCUCCAGCCCCAUCCCAGGCGCCGCUGCCGUAG